ACAGCUGAGCCUCGUCGCUGAAAAUUGACGUAAUCGGUCACGUUACCUCUCAGCUGCUCACAGCAUCCCGAGAAAGAGAAGAUUCUGCAAAAUAAAUCAAAAUAUACGGUCAGGAUUGUUUGGAUAUGAGGACAGACGUUCACUAAACGGUGUGUGUUGGUGCUGGAGCUGUCAACUGUGAGCAGUGAGCAGUCAUGAGGCCACUGAGAGAUGCCCAGCUAGGGGCCUUCACCUUCUUUGCCUCCGCUCUUCCCCACGAUGUGUGCGGGAGCAACGGCCUCCCCCUCACCCCUAACUCCAUCAAGAUCCUGGGCCGUUUCCAGCUGCUCAAGACCAUUACCCACCCCAGGCUCUGCCAGUACGUAGACAUCUCCAGAGGGAAGCAUGAACGACUGGUUGUUGUGACGGAACACUACGAAAGCAGUCUAAAUGAUUUCCAGAAACAGGUUCAAACUGUCAGAGAGGUUCUCCAGAUAGCCUAUGAGGCCUUGGAGGGACUAGAGUUUAUGAACAAACAUGGGAUGGUUCACAGAGCCCUCAAUGCACAGAACGUCCUCAUGGACGGCAAGGGCAACGUGAAGCUGGCUAAGUUUGGGUUGUAUUACAUGACAGACCACGCGGAUGUGGACUUUCCUAUUGGCUACCCGUCCUACCUGGCUCCAGAGGUCAUCGCCCAGGGCUCAGUCCACCCUAGUGACCCCUCCCAGGGGGAGAACCCUCUGUCCUCGGGGCCCAAGACAGACGUGUGGUCCCUGGGAGUCCUGCUCUUUGAGCUGUGUGCAGGUAGAAGACUACUGCAGAACAUUGAAAUAAGCGAGAGAUUGAAAUUCAUCAUCACUUUGGGUUGCAUUGACGACAUAGUCACAGUCCUUGCAGAGGAGCACGGAUGCUUGGAUGUGAUUAGGGAGCUGCCUGAGAACGUUCUAACGUUAUUAAGGAAAUGCCUGACCUUCCUACCCUCCAGAAGACCCACCCCUGCAGAGCUGCUGGUUGACCCAGUGUUUGAGGGCGUGUCGUGUCUCUACACCCAGUUCCAGCAGCCCGUCGGGCUGUUCUCCUCCUCCCUGCGCUGUGCCCACCUGGAGCUACCGGACAUCAGCCAGCUCUGCAAAGAUGAUGAUGAGGAGUACCUGGGGGAGAGGGCCAUAGACGAGGUGUACCACCUGUGGUGUUUGGCAGGAGGAGACCUGGAGAAGGAACUGACCAACCAGGGGAUCAUCCAGUCCAAGCCUCCCGUCUGCACCUUGCCCAAUUUCAUGCUGGAGGAUGGGGAGUCAUUUGGCCAAGGCAGGGACAGGAGCUUCCUCCUGGAUGACACCACCGUCACACUGUCUCUGUGCCAGCUGAAGAAUAGACUGGAAGACGUGGCAGGAGAGGCAUAUUACCCUUUAUUGGAAGAUGAACAGUCUAGUCUGUCCCAAUCCAACAGCAGCAAUGAGCUGUCUUGCACCGUCACGCUGCCACUCAUCAUCAGGGAGAGGGACACAGAGUACCAACUCAUCCGCAUCAUCCUCUUCGACAGGCUCCUCAAGGCGUACCCAUACAAGAAGAACCUGGUGUGGAAGGAGGCGAGGGUGGACAUUCCUCCCCUCGUACGUGGACUGGCAUGGGCUGCUCUCCUGGGAGUCGAGGGGGACAUUCAAGCCAAAUAUGACAGCAUUGAUAAGGAUACCCCUAUACCUACUGACAGACAGAUUGAGGUGGACAUCCCUCGCUGUCACCAGUAUGACGAGCUGCUGUCCUCGCCACAGGGCCACAGGAAGUUCAGGCGUGUGCUCAAAGCCUGGGUGGUCUCUCACCCUGACCUGGUCUACUGGCAGGGUUUGGAUUCGCUUUGUGCACCAUUCCUCUGGCUGGAUUUCAACAAUGAAGCCCUGGCGUACGCCUGCAUGUCGGCCUUCAUCCCCAAAUACCUGUAUAACUUCUUCCUGAAGGACAACUCUCUCACGUUAUCCAAGUACCUCACCGUCUUCUCCCAGAUGAUCGCCUUCCCACGACCCGAGCUCAGCAACCACCUCAAUGAGAUCGGAUUCAUACCUGACCUCUAUGCCAUUCCGUGGUUCCUCACCAUGUUCACACACGUCUUCCCCCUGCACAAGAUAUUCCACCUGUGGGACACCCUGCUCCUGGGGAACAGCUCCUUCCCCUUCUGCAUCGGCGUUGCCAUCCUGCAGCAGCUCCGAGACCGCCUGCUGGCCAACGGCUUCAACGAGUGCAUCCUGCUGUUCUCCGACCUGCCAGAGAUUGACAUUGAGCGCUGCGUCCGGGAAUCCAUCAACCUGUUCUGCUGGACUCCCAAGAGCGCCACAUACCGUCAGCAUGCCCAGCCCCCCAAGGCCCAGGGAGACUGCAGCACCAACGGCUUCGGCAAGACGGCCAACUACUACUCUUCAGACUAUCAGGACAUGCCCAAGACGGACCUGUCACGGGAGCCCCUGGCGCUGAGUGACCUGAAAGC